AAAAAAGUUUCUGAAGUGGUCGAAGUCGGAAGCGUGAUUUGGUCGAAAGAUUGGUUCUUUCUCCGACAAGAAUUAUGUCCAAAUCUGGGUUUAGUCUGCUGUUCCUCGUUCUUCUACUUAUCAUGGGUUUCUUAUUUCCGUUGAGAGUUUCUGCAAUUAGGAAGGAUAUCGGAUUUUUGGAAGAGCGGAGUUGCAGAACAACUGUCCAAGGAAGAUACUUGAUCUCCGAUGAUGAAGGCAAUGUGUGUGAUGCUUUGUCAUUGGAAUCUCGAACUCGUUGUUGUCCAUGGAAAGGAGAAAGAUUCUCUUGUCAUGGAUGCAACAUACUUUCACAAUGCUGCAACUCUUAUGAAUUUUGCGUUUCUUGCUGCUUGAAUCCGUCUCAGACGCUUCUUGAGAAGGUGGUUAAGGUCAAAGUUGCAAAGCCGGCUACAUCAGGGACUUACAAGAGUGUAUUUGAUUUUUGUGCCGGGAGAUGCCGGCAUAACUCUGAGAGUGUGGUUCACGAAAAUGCUUACCACAGCGAGUUUCACCAUUGUUUUUCUCUGACAUCAAAUGCUUCAGGUGCUAAUCUUACACAAGUUGAAACAAGACUUCUUGGUAUUGACGUUAUUGUCGGAAGUCAAGGAGAUUCAUGCGAUGCAGUUUGCAAAUCACGUGGACAAUUGUGUGUGAUGAAUAAACUCUCACUUCUAAACCAGUGUGACGUUAUGAAAAGAUACAUGAACUGCAAAGGGUCGUGUUUAGCAAGUGCCGGGGCUGACCAACCUGCUGAAGUUGUCGAAGAUGCGCCGAGAGAUUUGUAUCCAGGCGCGUGUUUGUAUACCCGGACACAAUCAUUGCUUUCCUGUGACGGUUCACACCAACACACCCGACGACUCUGCCCAUGUGCCUAGAAGCUAGUCAGUAUUAAGACUUAUGCCAUACUUUUUUCCUCCUUAUUGUAGCAGUUUUAGAAUGCUCUGAUCAUGUAAUUUUCUCAUGGUGAAAGAACACAUUGUUGACAUAUACAUGCACGGUUCAAUAUAUUAUAGUUUAACUACUAAAA